AUGGCGGACAGUGUAUCGAAAAAAGGUAAACAUAAAAAACCAAGUCUUGGAAAGCAGUGCCUGCCUGGGGAUGUGAUAGUAGAGUUUCCGAAAGAUCCCAGUCUUAGAAAAGUGUGGUGUAAUCGUAUAAAAAGAGUUGAUGGAAAAAACAACUUUAGAGUUACUAAUUAUACUGUUUUGUGCGAGAAACAUUUUGAGAAAUCUGAUAUAAUUCGUCCUCCUGGUGGCACAUUAAGGAAAUUAAAAAAAGGAGCAAAACCUAUGCUGUUUGAAGCCAUGGUAGAACAGCAGGGAAGUAAACGGAAACCUCCUGUCAACAGACCCUCUCCCCGCAAAAAAUUUAGAAACACAGUGUCAGAUUAUGAACCUCCGACAGAGUCAUUUAUGAUAGAUAUGCCAGAUGUUAGUUGUGAUAUGUCAAGCCAAACAGAAGAAAGUUUUUUUGACUCACAAAGCAAAAUCGAAGCAUUGCAGAAGGAAAAUGAACAACUUAAAAAUGAUUUGUUGCACAGAACUGUCAAAGGUGAUUCACAGAGAGGGAGACCCCGAAUCUUAUCCCCUUUAGAAAGUUUUUUGUUGACCCUGGUACGCAUUAGAAGAAACUUCGAUAUUUUUCAUUUAUCUUAUAUCUUUCAAGUUUCUGAAGCUACAGUCACCAAUACAGUGUUGACUUGGAUAAAUUAUAUGUACGUUAAAUUUGGAUCAAUAUGCAUAUGGCCUACCCGACAGCAGGUAAAAGAUGUAAUGCCAAAAUCAAUGAUGGAAAAAUUUCCAAAUGUACGGUGCAUUAUAGACUGUGUCGAAUUCAAAAUUGCAGUGCCUGCUUUACUUGUUGUCCAUAAAUUGAUGUAUUCAGAUUACAAAAGUCACACUACAGUAAAAGUUCUGGUUGGAAUUGCACCAGGGGGUGGCUUCACUUUUAUAUCCUCAGCCUUCCCUGGGAGCAUAUCUGAUAAAAAUAUAGUAGUGAAAAGUGGAAUAUUAUACCCAGAACUCUGGGAGCCUGGUGAUGCGAUCAUGACAGAUCGAGGUUUUUUGAUAGCAGAAUAUGUGAAUCCAAUCGGUGUGGAGCUGAUAAUACCAUGUUUUUUGAGAGGACGAGAUCAGUUCAGUGAAAGCGAAGUUAUUCAAAGUCAACAAAUUGCCGCUGAAAGAAUACAUGUCGAAAGAAUGAUACAGAGAUUGAAAACUUUUCACAUAUUUGAUCGAGUUAUUCCUGUUAACAUGCUAGGUUUUCUUAACCAGAUCAUCACUGUUUGUGCAAUGUUAGCAAAUUUUCAGGAACCAAUUUUAAAGCUUAUUUUUGUGGUAAUGUUGCAAACUCGUAAAAAUCAAUCCUUGCAAAAAAUAUCACUUUGA